GCCCCGAGUCACCCCGGGGCCGGGCCCCAGGCCGUACCCCUGACACCCCCGCCCCACCACACGCAGGGGCGGCCGCGCUACCCUCCACCCCCGUUCCCAAACAAAAGCGGCGAGCAGGUGGAGGGCGGGCUGAAGGGGCAGCCGGCGGCUGUGGCCGUCCCCCGGGCAGGGAUGCCCCGCCUUCGCCGUGCCAGGCGGCGGGGGGCCGGGGCUGGGAGCGCUGAGGGGGCCGGCCCUUGCCGGCUCUUCCCGUCUCGCCGCGGUGUUCGGGGAGGGGAAACCAGGCAAUGCCGGGGGCAGGUCAGGGGGCAGCCGCAGCGGGAGCCGAAGGAAGGAGGAGCUUUCCUCUCCCUGCCCGCGCUGCCUCCACCACCUGUGGGGCGGGAGGGGCCCGCGGGCUCCGGGCCGCGCUCUCCCGCCCGGCCCCUCUAGCGGCAGCCCCGCUACGGACGGGCCGGGCACCGGCAGGAACCGGCGGGAAACACAGGAUUAGCUGCAGGAUGUUUCUUCAAUACCUAAAGAAAACUUUGGGUUCAGGAUUGAGAACACCUGAGUUGUCAAUCCCAGCAGAAGAUUAGAAGACAUCUACAAAAAAGAAAAAUAUAUUAUUAGGAUGGUUACUGUUCCCUUGUGAUUAAGGGACAGAAGGAACAGUGCAGGGGGUACUCAAACUCAUGCAUUCUUUUAUAAUAAUCUGGCAAAAUACAAACCUUAUACCAAACCUAGGUAUUGCAUCAAGUUAUUUAAGGUCUCUAAUGACUCACAGACCCUCAGUCAGAUUUCUUCUGCAAUUAUUUUCUGUCAUAUAGACAAGCAGAAAUAUAAGUAGUUUUCCCGAUGUCCUGUCUCCAAUUCUUGGAAUCUGAAACAAAGUCUUCAGUUAUGUUUGUGUAACAUGUAUCAAGCUGUCUUCACAGUAAUGUGUACUCAGUAACAUAUAGCUGGAAGUUUUAAGGAGCUGCAGUAUGCAAUUUGUUUUCUGUGUGAUAAUGAAAGGAAGAUACACUAAAGUUUAAACAAUUAUUCUGUAUCCCCAAGUAUGCACAUUGAAAUGAAAAUAAAAUAAAAGAGCUUACAUCACUAAUGAGAAGAGCAAAUACUGCUACCAAAAAAAUAUCUUAUCUGUUUAUAUCCCCCCUUUUUUCAACUGCCAAACAUUAAUUCUUCAUCUUGAACAUUUUGUUGCCCAUAGAAAUUCAAGAUUUACAUUACUGUUCUGGCUUUUAGAAUUGGUCUUAAAAAAUCAGUAUUGAAGCAUGAUGGAGAAAUCUGAGCACAGCUUUUAAAACUGGAAAAUCUAGAACCAGGAACUGGCAGCCAUUGAAAACUGUCAAACUCUGCUACUGUAAUUACAUCAGUGGAAGAUGUGGACAUGCUUGGGAAAGCAGUUGCCUGAAGGAGGAAUAUCUGAAAGCUUCACACUCCUUGUUAAGAGAGACCUCAGUAAAGAAGUUUCUAGCUAAUGCUUGCUUAGAACCUGAUAGACUGACUCAGCUGUCAAGCAGACCCUCAGUUUGUGGCUGACAGUUCAGAAAUUAGACUUCCUUACCUUGAAUGACACCUUUUUUACCUUUUAUUCUUUGAUGUUAUCAAUGUUACUAAGAGACCACAAAGUAAAGUUCUUCUUACGUAUGUUUGACCAGCCAAAGCAAUGCAGGAGUUGUUUUUUGUCAUACUGGUCAAAUUUCUGUCAAUUUCUUUUAUAUCCUCCCUCUCUGUGAAAUCUGAAGCUUAUUCAGAACUCAGCUGGAGACUUGUUCUUUUGUUCUUCUUAAAAUAUUGUGAUAAUUUUAUUACUUGAAUUUCUGCAACUUGUGCCAGUCUUCAUAAGGUUUCAAAUAGUCAUAAAGAACAAAGGAUUUAUUGAAUAGAUUCUAAAAUAUUACUUUUUAUUUGUGUGAUAAGAGAACCAAUGGUAACUGUAUUUGUCUAACAAAGGCCUCGGUGACCAAAUUCUCAGCUUUUUCUCUUGCCAAAUGUUUUCUGAGCACACUGAAGUUACCAAUAGGAGGUAGAAAUGCAAGAUACAUCAGGGUGCCAUAAAUAUAAGAAAGGAAGUAACAGACCACUUUUUUACACCGAGGACAGAGAAUGAUACAGCUAUUGCCAACAAGCUCGAAUGUCUUUGAAAAUUAUCAUCACAAAGACCAAAACAACUGAAAUAGUGAUAAGAAGUUCCUGCCACAGAAGUGGAUGGAUUUUUUGAUCAAGUAGUUCAAGGUUUGUCAAGCUGCUGUUGUGGAGUCUGAAAGUCCUGAGAACCCGGAGAAACAGGUUGAGUAGCAGCCCAACAGACAGACAUCCUGGCAUAUCUGGGAACCAAGAGGCUUUCCUUUGGAAACCUGCCAUGCUGCCUCUGAUGGAUUCAGCAUAAUCAUGCUCUUCUGCAAAACACUUUGAUUCCAACAAAUUACCCAUUUUCCCAGAAUGAAAAAUACCAUGUUGUAAAGUUCCAGCAGGAUGUCUCUGAUUUAGGCACUUUAAAAACCUUUCCCAAGUGUGUCUUGUUUCUCCUGUAUUGCAAGUAAGGCUUCAUCAGCGCAUAAUUAGUGCUGGAGAAAACCUUAGAAGUUCUCAACCUUUCAGAUAUAUAACUCAAAUACUUGAUGAACUCUUUAUUUCUUUACAAAUAAAACCUGUGUCCUUUAUCUAAAGCUUUCUAUAAAGCUGAAAUGCAUGAAAGAAUACCAGUUUAGAUGAUGCCCAGAUAUUUGUCUCCCAUGAUGAUUUUGAUUGAAACUUUGUUCAAUUCUUUCUUAUUCUCACAGCACAUAAGCUUUGUACCUCAGAGCAACUUUCUGAGGGUGACAACAUGAACUGUGCAAGAAGGAUGAGAACUGAGGCUGUGAAUGGCCAGAGAAAAAAAUAUGACAAUUUGCUAUGGAUAAUACUCUUGAUUCAGAUCUUGAGACCUAUUUGACCUGUAGACAAGAAAAAGGAGAUGAGUCCAACACACUCCUAUAAUCCGUAGCCUUCUUAAGGAUUUAUAAUUUUCACAAUGCUGCAUGAUAAAAAGAUUGAAAAUCAAAGAAAAGAGCAACUCCUCAUUUGGUUGCAGAGUCAGAAGAUCGCAUACACCUAGCAAGAGGAGAUGAAUAGUGCCAUAGGAGUUUGCCCUAAAGCAUUAGGUGUGCUCCAGAGGCUGUGGUCCAGCAAUGGCAGAUGCAGGAUAUUGCAUGAAUGUGGUGGCAUUAAGGAUGAUGUAAUGAAUUGGGUAUGUCCAGGAGUCCAGGGGGCAGAAGUUCUUUCUGUGCAUGCCAUCUCCUCACAGACUGCUGUGACCCUUUUUGCUAAAGGUAGGUGUGGUUUCCUCUCAGUUCUACUAAUAGAACUGUUAGUGGUUGAUAGGAUAUUUGAGGGAAUCCUUUUGAGUCAUGCACAUCAGAAAAAGUGCAACAUUCAGAUUAGCUUUCCCUGGCUCGUGUUUGGCUUAGAAAGGAUGAGGCUGUGGAAGGUACUGUUUCUUUAGCCUGAAUUUUGUGUAAAGCAGAUUCAUGGCAAUGGAGCAUUGUUAAUAAAGUCCUGAGGAAACAGCUUUGGAUUGGGGGGUUAUUGCCAUCUUCUGUGUUUACAUAGAUCCUGUUAGAACCUCAAAAUUUAAUUUCUUUUGUAGGUUUGAAUUUGUGGAGUACUAAAGGUACACAGAGGAUUACUCUCAGAACACUGAUUUUCUGAAGCUGUUUUAGGACCAAGCAAUUUCUUGGAGUUGUGCUCACAGGAAACUGACUAAUAGAAGUAGCUGAUGUAGCCAAGCUGUAAUAUAAAAGUGUAGUGUAGCCAUAUUUCUCACCUAAAUGUCAACUAUCCAGUACACUGCAUUGGAUGCUCAUUACUUUUUCCACCCUGGACUGUGGAGUCCACCUCUGACAAUGAAGUCGUGGUCUUUAAUCCUGAAGAGCAGAAAAGUCAAAGGAGUGGAUCAGAAAUCCUUUCUGCACUACAAUGUUUCUGCUGCUAUUACUGCAUUUCCUCUGGAUUCUCUUAGCAAGCUAAGCUGUGUUUUUUAGCUAUCUGCUCAUUUCAGAGACUUCAAAACAACAGUUUGUGGAACUGAAGGUUGCAACUUUCCUUCACCCAUUCCCAGGAUGCUGCAGGUCUGACUGCUGGCCAUGCAACCACUGCAGAGUUAAAAAAGCCAGUGAUGUUCAUCACUGGGUUUCCAAGAGGAACAUUGACUGGUGUCUGUGGUCUGGACCUGAACUGUACAUUUUGUCUGAAUUCCCUUCAGUUACACUUGCUUCCAGUGUCCAACAAGACCAUCUAAUUGACUAUGGUACACUGAGAUUUUUAUCAAUUUAAUAGAGCCUUGGAGAGCUCUUGCACUGUAAGAGCAGUGAAGUUAGUGCUGAAGUAUAUUUUGAUUAGACUACAUAGACUGGUCUGAGGACACAGGUUUUAUGGGAGAAGUUUUUUGUGCUAAUGGGCUUUGAAAAUAUAACUACUGGGUGGUGGGAGAUGUAAUCUAACAAGAUCCAACCAUCUAGCAAUUGUAUCAAGGAUAUGAGUGUCCUACUUAAUUUCUCCUGAGAGAAAUUAUUCUUCCUUUGGAAGACACUGAGGGCAGGAUAGACAUUAAACUUUUGUAGGUCGGGGUACAUGCCUACAAACAUUACUAUCCAAUUUUUUUUCAGUAUCACAGUAUGUGAGAGAUAAUAUUCUUUCCUUUCACAGUCUUCUUCAUCAAUCAGUUCCUAUUCAAACUAUGUCUUGUAGUGUGCAUAGGUAUGGGACAAGGUCUCUUUAUUACACAUGAGCUGAAACUGGGGUAUCUUUUUGUUCUGUGAAAUAGUGUAACGAUGGCAAUGACUAAGGGUGGAAUUUGUUGAGAAAUAAGGCUGGCCACAAAAAUCCAUCUCAAUGCAAGUUCAAAGACCGCAAUAUUCUCAGCAUUGGCAUAGAGAAUUGGGUUUCUUUUUUUUCUUCUAAUCGAUAAGCAAAAGUAAUUUUCUUCAGUUUUCUGGAUACAUUUAUCUACUCAGUUAUUUUGUACUUCAUCUGCAUAAAUCUUGUUCGCUAAUUUAAAUUCAUUAGAGGCACAGUUUAAAAAACUAAUUUGCAUAUGUUUUUUCACAAAAGCCAGGUAAGAUAACAUUUCCCUGGAGAAGGUAUAUAGUAAAUCAAUAAAAUACAAGUAACUCGACUGCAUCAGUCAAAUACACAGUUAUUUAGGUGUUCAUUUAAUAUAUUUAUGUUUUUAUUAUUUGGGAAAACAAAAAGAACUCAAAUAUUAUUACCUUUAUGCAAAUGAGAUACAUUUAUCUCAGCCUUUGAAAUUAAUAUCCACUAUCCUUAAAAGUAAAUUAUUAUUUUACAAUUCUAUAAUUAUAUUUAAAAGACAGAGGGAAGGAAAGCAAUGCCUCUGUUUUUCUUUCACUAGUUUUUAAUGGAGUCAGUAGCUGUUAUAAUCUGUUAUAAGAUGUUGCACCUUGAGUAUCACUAUUGUUCCAAGAUCCCUAAUUUUACAGAAAACUAGAAAUAGCAAGAAUGGAGUGUGAAUUUCUCCAUUCAUUUCAGUUAUGCAUUAAGUUAAAGGUUUAAAAUUACCUUUUAAAAACUAGUACAGCUAAUUAUGGGAUGAGCAUAUCUCACAGUUUUUUCCAAAUUAAAUCUAAUUGCAGGAGGUCUGGGUAGAUAAAAUAAAGAAAGAUGUUAAAGCAUGUAGAAGAUUGUUUAAGGAACAUUUUGCAGGACCUGUUGGAGAGAUCAUAACUGCAUCCAUUGAGCUUGAAGGCAGACCUAGCUUUCUUCAGUUUGGGAAAUGUUAUGUCAGAGAGAUGAGAGGGUUGGAUCACUAAAACUGAGAUUUGGGUGUGAAUUUAUUUCCCUGCUCUUCCCUGUAAAGACUGGGACUGCUUGUGUCUGGACUCAUCUUUCCAAUUAAUUUGAGAAACCUACUGCUGCCCAAACCGGGAUGCAGCCACACAGCUGGUGAUGAACUUCCAGCCUCAAGUCUUCUGUGGAGUCUGCAUUGGCAGUGCCUCCAUCAGCCUGCUAUUGACCAUCCUGCAGCUCCUGCCAAAGAAGGGACAGAGCCCACGCAAGAUGCCCAAAGCUUCCUCCUCCUCCACCAUCCUUCUCCUCAUCUCCAUUUGUGACAUCCUUGGAGGUUUAGGUAUGAUCUUCAGGUCAAGUGUAUGGCUGGGCUUCCCAGGCUUCAUAGCUAACAUUUCUGUGGUGAACGGGACUGACGUGUGGCCUUCCACUUUCUGUGUGGGGAGCGCGAUGUGGAUCCAGCUGCUAUAUAGUGCUGGCUUCUGGUGGUUGUUUUGCUAUGCUGUUGAUUCUUACUUGGUGGUGAGAAGAUCAGCUGGACUGAGUACCAUUGUGCUGUACCACAUGAUGACAUGGGGCCUUGCAGUGCUGCUCUGCGUGGAGGGGAUUGCUCUGCUUUACUACCCCUCUCUCUCCAGCUGUGAAAAUGGCUUGGAACAUGCAAUCCCACAUUACGUCACAACCUAUGUCCCACUCCUGCUAGUGCUUGUGGCCAACCCAAUCCUGUUUAGGAGGACAGUAUCAGCAGUUGCCUCCUUACUGAAAGGGAGACAAGGAAUUUACACAGAGAACGAAAGACGUCUAGGGACAGAGAUCCAGAUGCGCUUCUUCAAAAUUAUGCUGGUAUUUGUUAUUUGCUGGUCAUCCAAUAUCAUCAACGAGACCCUUUUGUUCUACCUCGAAAUGCAGCCAGAUAUCAAUGAAAUGCCCCUGAAAAACAUCAGAAGUGCUGCACUGAUCACCUGGAUUAUAAUGGGGGUUCUUAAUCCCAUGCAGGGCUUUCUCUUCACAUUAGCUUUCUACGGCUGGACAGGAUGGAGAGUGGACCUGAAAUGGCGGAAAAGAGAAAUACCCUGGGAAUCUAUGUCCUCAUCAACUGUGGGGGAAAAUGCCUAUCCCUCACCAGUGAACUACCAGACCAACAUCCAUGAUUCCAAGAAGAUCUCAACAACUGACAGCCAGCAGACCGACGAGGCCAUAAGCAUGUUGUCUGAAGGUAACACCAGCAGUGACGAAAGAUUGACCAGAAGCUCUCCCAUCUACCAGGGCUGGUAGUUUCUAUGUGCAGAGCUGGAUCUAACUUUCCCUGGAUCUAACUUUUCACAUUGUCAAUACUCACAAAACCACAUCAGUGUGUGAAUCAUUGUACUCUGGAAUUGGGUUUGUGCUCAGUGGCUUGAUGUCAUUUCCUGUAGCUUGUGACACUGUGUGAGACAGAGAGAUAUGGAGAGAUGUAAACAGGUAUAAAGGCUUGAACCUUUUUUCAGCAGGAGUAUAUAUCUGCAAUGAGAUUUGUUACUUAUGAUUGAUUUUCAUUCGUUUUCUUUUAUUCUCUUUUGUAACCUCCUUAUGGUAGAAGAGUCUUUUGUUUUAAUAAAUGGACUAUUCAUAUGUUGGGUUUUUAAAUGUGUUGCCUUGCCUGUCUUGCUCAGCAUAAAAUUCCUCAACCAGAAUUACAGCCCUAGGAUUUCUGAGGCACCAUCAUUUACAAUCUUUACAGUCUGGUAAAGCAUUAGUGACAGCAGACUCUGACUUCAGCACAAAUAUUUCCUGUUUGUGUUGACUCUCACUGACAUAGUCUUCUUUUAGCUUGUGUAUGUGAAUUUUUGGUGUGGUUUUAUCUAGGGAGCUGAAAGGCUUUAUUUAAAAAAAA